GAGAGGGUGCGUGCAUGUGAGGGCUCGAGGGAGGCGGGGAGAGAGAGUGUGUGUGUCGGCAACGAAUGCCGUAGAAAUUCUUUUUGCAGGGAGGUAGAGAAGAAACCGCCGGAGCCGGAAGCAGCUAGAUUUUGGGAGUUUCUCCGGCGGAAUUUAGACCGGAAAUAUAAGAAAGAUGAUGAAGAAAAAGAAGAGCUUUAAUGGUAAACUAAGAGAGAGCUCGACGACGACGACGACGACGUCGUCGACGUACAAAGAGGAAGAAAUAGAGUGGGAGAUGCGGCCGGGUGGAAUGCUGGUGCAGAAGCGAUGCGAGAAAUCUGAAGUUUCGGCUCCCACCUUCCGGGUUCGGAUCGCUUACGGCGCCUUCCGAUACGAUAUCUCCAUCAAUUCUCAAGCUACCUUCGGGGAACUGAAGAAGCUGCUAGCGGCGGAGACGGGGCUGCAACCGGGAGAACAGAGGCUGAUAUUCCGGGGCAAGGAGAGGGAGAACAGCGACUACUUGGACAUGUGCGGAGUAAAGGACAGAUCGAAGGUGGUGUUGAUCGAGGACCCGUCGAGCAGGGAGAAGAGAUACAUCGAGAUGCGAAGGAACGCGAAGAUCCAGAGCGCCCACCGAGCCAUCUCCGACGUCUCCUUGGAAGUCGACAAGCUCGCAGACCAGGUUUCUUCUAUUGAGAAGUCUAUAGAAAAUGGGACUCAGGUGCCAGAAGUUCAAAUAACAACUUUGAUUGAGAUGUUCAUGAGAGAAGCAGUCAAGCUUGACAGCAUUGCCACAGAUGGUGAAGUUUCUGUCCAAAAGAAUUUGCAGAGCAAGAGAGUGCAAAAGUUUGUUGAAACCUUGGAUGUGCUCAAGAUAAAAAAUGCCAGAGUAAAUCCUGUAGUUGUCACAACCAAGUGGGAGACAUUCGACCCCCCAGCCACAACAAAUUGGGAAUUUUUCGAUUGAUUUCCUUUUAUUUCCUCUUCUUCAUUCUUUUUCAUGUACUUGUAUUGAAAAAAAAAAAGAAAGGAAAAGCGACAAAUGUAGUUGCAUUUAUAGAUUUUCUCAUGAUACACUUACCAAAUAAGCGUACUCUGCUUGAUUGGUUGGAAACAGAGUUUUGUUGAGCUA